CACUUGGGUGCGACUGAUUUUAUAGGCUUCAGCACCCAUGAGCAUUGUGUAAGUAAUUAUUGACAUCAACAAUGGCGGGCUACUAGUUUAUUUUUUGAUUGAAAAUUUUACAAAUUUUAUUAAAACGAAAACAUUACGAGGGGUUUUAAUAUAAAAUUUCUAUAGCUUGUCCUAACAUUUUUCUUUUAAGAACUACAAGUCUUUCUAUUCAUGGAUCGCUUUAACAGAAUGUUAAUAAUGUUAAUGCCAUCUUGUUGAUUUAUUGUUAUAAUAAACAAAUACAGUCCUUAUGUACCGUAUGUUGAAUGUAUAUAUCCAUCUUGUGUCUUAUCUUUCCAUUCCAACAAUAAUUUACAAAAAAAUUCAGCAUAUUUUAUAGAUAGUUUGAAUUGCGAUUAAUCGCGAUUAAUUACGAUUAAUUAAUUUUUAAGCUGUAAUUAACUCGAUUAAAAAUUUUAAUCGUUUGACAGCCCUAAAAAAAAACCACUCAUUCAGUCAAAAAGGAUGCCGCCUCCUGUUUUGCCUGCCGCCAUUCAAACUCACCACGGUGAGGAUUCGUUACGCAAGUGUGUGAGUGACUGGAAAAACUUGGCAUUAAAUUGGAUAUCGACACGGAAUGCAAAUAUCAGUCUACUUUUCUACAGAAAUACGUGCGUGAGCGCGCACACCCACACGCACAUACAGUAGCUGGGAUGUUUGUAUUUACGAGCAUGAGCAUACUGUAUACAGUAUCUUGUUCAUUUUAUUGCUGACACUCAGUUUCAGGGUCAUCAACACAUUUUGCCCCCCAAAGUCAAAGUCCGCCUAUAUCGGUUCGUCAUUUCAGUCCAAGUGGAUCGGGGAAAAAAACCAACUCAUUUUAUCACUUGUCUCUAGUUUUAUCGCAGUUCAAAUGGAAUGGAUGUCUGUUAAACUUGGUAUGCCCCUCCCCUUUACUGUAAGUAUCAACCCAUUGGCUGCCAUUGACUGGGAGCCAAUGAUCCCUCGUUCGAUCGCUGCCUGACCCCCUGUCAAAUUGGACACCUAUCGCCGUCAAUAGAACUGAAAGAUCAAUGUCAAGAUUCACAUUUGAAAUGGCUUUGUUGUCUAGAACAGUCAUUGGCAGUUUAAAGGCUACAAGAUAAUCCAGAGGUAUAUGGUUAGUGCAAAAAAUAUAUAUGGCGGAAAACACUUAGGUGACUUGAAGUUCUGUUCUGAGACCCCCAAUUUAACCAAAUUUCAAAAUUGUCCUAUAUGCAUGUGUGAUACAUCAUUGGAAAGCUUAAAAUCUCAAUUUUCUGGAGGAAGAAAAUUUUUGAACAGGAGGGCCUUUAAAAAAAUUAAAAAAUAGCAAAACUAAAAGCUCGAAUGCACCUUUCUCACUGUCACUUCAGUCAUGCUGUGCGUUCAGGUACAGCACACAAGACACAUCCGCGACAUUGGAACCCAAUUCGUUACAUUAUUACAGAAAUUAUCGUUAUAUUAUUAAUCCGAUUUUUAUUUGUAGUUUAUUUGUUUUGCUAUGUGUAAUUGCCAUCUGUAAUAGCACCAGCAGUAUUUAUCAAGGAUUUAGUGUGGGUUUUUGAGCUGUGGAAUGAAUUAAUGGAAUUUUUAUGGGAAAAUCCUACUCAAAAUUCGACUAUUUCGACUUACAAACAAGGUCCUACAACUUCGUAUGUAGAGGUAUCACUGUGUGUUUUUUUUGUUUUUUUUAAUUUGGGGGGGGGGAAAGGGGAAAAAGAUGUCUUGUAUGUAUCUCUUUCCAAUGCUGUAACAUCUGAAUACAUGGAAUACACCCCAAAAAAUAAAAAUUUGUAAACAAGCUCCACCGCUACUUCGAGGAUUUUCAUCCCCAUUAACCGCAAAAAAACGAGGGAUCCAGAAAAAGGGUUGAAAAUGUCCAGAGAAGGCGAAAAAAGUCCAAAGCACAACCAAGAUCAAUCGAUCACAUUGGAUUAUAUUUUUGUUUAUGUCAAACAAAAUCCUGAAAUACUUUUGUUUCCUACAUUGAAUUUCAACAUGUCAAGUUUUGACCCUGUGCUAAUUGUUAACUGCUGAACUGUUAAAGUGACUAACUCCAUCGAGUGAUAAAGCUGAGAAGCGCAACAGAAUGUAGGCUGAAUUGAAGCUUUUUUUGCGGGAUAAUUUAAUCAUUUGCUGCUGACCCCCCAAAAAUUGGCCAGCGUGCCGCAGUUGGCUAGCGGGCCAUAGUUUGGACACCAACGCUGCGGCGCAAACACGCACUUAACUUCUAUGUGCGAAGCUUCGCCUCAGCAGUCAUUGAGUGACAUUCACCAGGAGGGGAUGCUGAACGGACUGACAGGUAAUCUCCAUUCAUUAUUGAUAUGCAUUGCAUGCAUUUCAUAUACAAUUUUAAUGUAUUUAUUGAACGUUUUCACUAUAUAGACUAAGAAUUUGUAUCAUGCGUUCACAAAUUAACAUGGGGUCAAUUUGUGGUCAAUGUAUGGAUUUUUAUCUUUGGUAAAGUCAAAAAGAUGAAGCAAAACCUCAGUGCCACCAGGAACUCAUCAUGGGCGGUCGCGCCGCGGGGUCGCCAGGACAACGUGACCUACGUGGACUUUUACCUCCACCGGCCGUCGGUGGCGGCGGUUUUUGCCGCGUCGUACCUGCUCAUCUUCCUGCUGUGCAUGCUGGGUAACGGUGUGGUUUGUUUCAUGGUGCUGCGGCGCAGGGGCAUGCGGACAGUGACCAACUUGUUCAUCCUCAACCUUGCUGUCAGUGACUUACUGGUGGGCAUCUUCUGCAUGCCCACCACGCUGGUGGACAACAUCAUCACAGGAUGGCCUUUUGGGAACACGGUCUGCAAACUAAGCGGGAUGGUUCAGGGAAUCUCGGUGUCGGCAUCUGUCUUCACACUGGUGGCUAUAGCUGUUGACAGGUUCCGUUGCAUCGUGUAUCCUUUCAAGCAGAAGUUGACCAUUGCCACGUCCAAGCGCAUCAUCGCCGUCAUCUGGGUCCUGGCGGCGUCCAUAUCGUGCCCGUCGGGCGUCAUGCUGCAUGUAGCGCAGGAGCCCAGCGUGCGCAUUGUCCUGCGGCGUCGCCAGGAAAGCCGCCCCUUCUACUGGUGCCGGGAGAACUGGCCCGGUCCAGACAUGCGCAAAGUUUACACCACGGUGCUCUUUGUCAAUAUCUACCUUGCCCCGUUGGCUCUCAUCGUCAUCAUGUAUGCCCGCAUCGGUUUGGUGCUGUUCAGAAGCUCCAAACCGUCUGCGUCCCUCCGAGGCCUCGGGCCUGGGACUGAGGCCCAGCGGGCUGUCUCCAGGAAGAAAAAACGCGUGAUCGCGAUGCUCCUGGUGGUGGCGCUGCUCUUCGUCCUGUCUUGGCUGCCAUUGUGGACUCUGAUGAUGUUGAGCGACUACGCCAGACUGAGCGAGAGCCAGUACCGCGUGGUUAACAUCUAUCUGUACCCGCUGGCUCACUGGCUGGCCUUCUUCAACAGCAGCGUCAACCCCAUCAUUUAUGGCUUCUUCAACGAGAACUUCCGGCGGGGUUUUCGGGCCGCCUUCAAACUUCAGCUGUGCGACGCAGUCACUGAGCACCAGAGGAGCUUUUCCCUUCGUUUGCAGGGAAGCUCUGUUUUGACCAUUCUUUUUUGUCAACGAUGA